AUGACCGGGGUUAUUCGUACCGAAUUUGCAACUUGCGAGUCAUGGCGAUUGUCCAAUCAAUCCUACAACGAUCAGUAAGUUAAACUUGUUAAAAAAUGGAAAACUUUGAAAAAAAAUUUCAUGUUCAGCAGACCAUAUCCUUAUGAGCUCCAUGGUGGAACUAAAAUUAAACGCUUUGGCAGAUGCGAUGAGCAAUUUUUAUAAUAACAGCAUUUUGCGAACUUAAAAAUGAAAGCCGAUGUGUUUAAUCUCAUCAUAUAGCUGAGCUUUAAUUUUUGCAGAGGUUGUUCUGUGAGUUUCGACAAGUCUCUGUGUUGGAUGAAAGCCAGUUAUGGAGAACACGUCACCAGGGACUGCCCUUUCACGUACUGCACUUCGAUUCCUGGCUGUGAGCAAAUCCCUUGUAAGUUACUUUUCUGUUCCAAAAAGUGAGAAGGGAAACGUUCGAAGCUCUCAACGCGGAACUCGGCAUUACAAUAACCGGAUGCUAUUUAAAAACUCCACUUUUUCUUGAGUAUUAUCUCAAGUUCCUCUUUGGAUAGACAGCUGUUAAGGAAAACUUGAGCAGGAAGCCAGGCAAGAAUAUUCGAAAAUUAAUAAACGAAAAAAACGCAAUGUCUAAUUGGGUAGCCAGAAGUACGCACCGACCCGGAAGCUUUUUCUGCCAGAAGCGUCAAAAAAUGAUCUGGAGGAAUUGUUUAGUCGCGCUGUAUAUAUUUUUUUCUCGCCUUCCAAGCCGAAUGUUCCCGUUUUGUCUUAUAAUUUUUUUUUCUUGCUUCGGCCUUUUGGCCGCGAAUCCCCAGCGGAUUUCCUAAAAAGCGUGAUCCGCUUGAAAAAGCUUCGAAAGCUCAAAAAAGAAACAAGCAGUUUCGCAUCUGAUUAAAAUUGGGUCGAGCUCAAGAAGCUCAUCUUUACGUCCAGAGAUGUUAUGUGGAGAGAAAUUUUUCAACCGAAAAACGAUAUGACUUGGCUUGAUAGGCAAUUUUUUUGACAUUUGGAUUAUUUAAGGUGUUCUAUGUACAUUUCACAAGAGGAGUACAUAAAUUGAACUUUUUGAGUAAAUAAAUUUAACCUUUUUUUAUUCUUUACCGAACAAAACUGAGCUGACAUCUAUACUCAGCAAAAUAUAAAGAUUCGCUUUGUUUUACAAACUUCACCACAAAACGGGUGUUUUGAAUUUAAAAAUUCCAAAACACCACUGCUUCUUGAGACUUGCCAUUUUUCGCUUCUUGUGCCACCCCAAGCGGUUAAUUUUUUCUUCCGCUCCCAGCCACUUGUCAGUAAAACGGCUAUUUUUUGGCGAGUAUUUUCCGAAGUCCCCAAGGAGCGGCCGACGUCGGGCUUAUUUUCAGAUCUCGUAAGAUCGUUUUGCCGUUUUGUCUCUGUCGCGAAGUGCAAGCGACACAUAAUUUGUCAAAGAAACACUUAUAACGGAUUGCGAGGCUGAAGGCGAGACCGAAAAUGCGAGAGAACCGCAAUAAUCCAGCGCUCGGCUGCGCUGGAGGACUCUCACCUGGAAAAUUCUAUUCUAAACAAAAGGCAGAUACUCGGGAAUUUCCUUCAGGGAAAAGGCUUUCAGAAUGAGCGAAAGCGGCUCGGCAGCUUCAUUGUUCUUCAAAAUUUUCUCCUUCAUCUUGUCAUUUUUUUGUUUCGGAGUUCUGCUAGGUCAGAAGUCGUUAUGAGUCUGGGGGAUGUUGAAAGAAGAAAUGGGCUUUCGAAGCUUUGAAAGCUGAACAUUCAAGAAGAAAAGGAAGCUGAGGAAGCAAAAAAACGGAAUUCGCUCAAAAAUUAUCGAAAAAUAAUUUUAAAAUCAACGACAAUAAACAAGAAAAUGGAGUGGAAAAACAUUUUUAACAUUUUGGUCACUUAUUAAGCUACGAAGAACGCCAUUUUCUUCAAGCUUCAGUGAACUUUCUUAUUUACAGAAAAAAACUGAAGAACCUUGGCUGCACAAGAUUCAAAAAUUCAAAAAUUUUUUUCUUCUUCAACAAAAAAACUAAAAAAAGUUUGAUCACUUUCAAACCUUCAUAAACUUUUACUCUCGGAAAAUGCAAUACAACAUUAUUCUUCCUGGUGAAUCAUAAAAUAUGUCUCAAGAUUCGAAAUCACUUCUUGUAUUGAGAGUUUUCAAAAAAAAUCAGUAGUUUAUCAGAAACUUUCGGUAUUUCCAGACCGCUUCAAAGUGGGAAGAUCGUGCAACAGAACCGGCCUCUGGGAUGACUCGGACUAUUCAAUGUGCUUAACGGUCUUAGAGCAGUAUUCAAAGUGCAUCCAGGGAUUUUGUAGAGUUGUAAGUAACUCCAAAUGAGAGUUGACUUCUCAAACGAUAUUUUUUCAGUGCCCUGAUUUUCUGCGAGAAGUCGUGAUUUCAGUAUCUCUUACACUUUCCAUAGUGUCCGUGGCUCUUUUGGUCGCCGCCAUCAUAUUAUUCUCCAUUUUUGAUUCAAUACAGGUAUUCCGAAUUUCGAGACUUUUUUAAAAUCAAAGUCAUUUCCUAUCACUGAAAUAAGGAAUAAGGUUAAAAAAGGCUGAACAGAUCAACUUCGUGGCGAAUGGAAUAGUUAAAAAAGAAAUUUGUUUCCAGUGUCGAAGACUGUCAAUCCACAAGAGUCUGGCAACGGCAUUCGUGUUUCGAUUCGCCGUUUUGGCGAUUUGGACGAUAGUUCAGUCUACCAACUUGUUUCAAGACUGCACCCAGUUCCAUCCUCAGCCUCUUUGGAAAUUUGUGAGUUUUCAGAGUCACUUCAGAGCUGCUACCCUUCAGAGCCUCGCCAAGAAUUUUUAUAGAGACCACAAGAAAUGGAUAACUAUUGAAUAACGUCUGAGUUUAUAUGACUUUUCAGGAAUGGAUCUGCAAAACGAUACUCUGGUUCGUCAUAUAUUUCCAGGUCCCAUUUUUUUUUCAUAAAUUCUUUUCAAAAAAUAGAAAUUUCAGGUCGCGUCAGUAAUGUGGAUGCUGAUCGAAGGCGCCUACCUCUACAGUCGGUUCACGAUUUAUGCGAUGCGAAAUUGGGACACAAAUUGGUACCUCUACAUGCUCUGUGGAUGGGGUUGUGUUCCAGAAUGAUUAAGGCGUAAUGUAUGAAUUAAGGAGUUCCAUUUGUGGUCGUGAUGUGCUGGACAGUAGUUCAUCAAGCGAAAGUGAGUGGAAAUCGGAAUUCGUUCUGCUGGGUACCGUAUGCUCAAGGCAGCGAUUUGUGGAUUCUUGCCGGUACCAUGGGCUUUGCGCUAAUUGUUAGUUGAUUCAUCAAAUUCCUGAUAAAUGAGCGAGAUCUUUAGAUGAAUUUGGUGUUCUUAUUAGCGAUCGUUGAAAUUCUCGUCAGAAAAUUGAGAACUGAAAGAGGAACGGCAGAAUCCAAAAAAAUAUGGUGAGUUUCUAUUUUUCAUAAAAUUUUAGGAUGAUGUUUUUUUGGAGAUUGCGCAAAGAUGUUUCAAUUACUUUGUAAAUUUUAAUAAGCAAGGAAAAUGGAGUCUGAUGACACGAAAGUCGAGAAAUACUAAAAUUUGAAAGCUUUGAAAGCUUGUAGCUUAAGUAAAGUUCUGAUGGAUCUAUACCAAAGAUUCUCAGUUUUUUUCAAAAAUUCUUUGAAAGGAAAAAAAUAGUCAUAAAAUCACCCCGGAAGAUAAUUUUAAACAUCAUGAUCUUUUUCAUUGUCAUUCCUGUUUCAGGCGAACGAUAAAGGCGACUUUGCUGCUGGUGCCUCUGCUAGGAAUUUCCAACAUUCCUCUUUUCUACGAGCCGGAGCAACCGAGCGCCGUUUACAUGCUCGGUUCCGCGAUCCUCCAACACUCUCAAGUAACAUCAUUCUUUUUUCGAAGCGAACCGAGGAAAAAAUAUUUUUAUCUUCUUUUUUUCUUUUCCUUUUUAAACACGCUAUUUACGCGCCUGAGGGCGUGAUGAUGGAUGUCCAUGAACAGAGCAGAAAUAAUAAUUUUUAGGGGAUUUUCAUCGCUGUUCUCUAUUGCUUCCUCAACAGCGAAAUCCAAAACGCCGUGAAGAGACAACUCUCCAAAGUGCCCAUCGAGUUUUUCAAGUGAGUUUUUGGCCCUUUAUUCCAUUGAUGAUGUGCGGAGGGACCUAGAAGAAGCGAAGCAUAAUAAUAGCUUUCUUUUGUCUGCUUCUCUUUCGGCUUUAGUAUUCGUAGACUAUAGUUUAUAGUUCGUUUGCCACCGACGUUUAAUAACUUGAUUUGAUUUUAGUUGAAGCUUACGCUUCUGACAAGCGGGAGAACUUUAAUAAAAAGUACAACAAUAACCAGAACUUCUCAGACCCCGGCAAAGGUACGAAACAGAGAGGACCUAUGUGCCUGAAAAUCGCAACACCCAUCCAAAGAACGGCGUUCCGAUGGAAGAAUUAAAUGGAAAGCACGCUGUUUCUGAAACGACUCCGCUCAAUAACAGUGCGGAAAAGCUCACUCAGGUUUAAUUUCCAGUGUCUUACGAUUCAAACUACAUUUUUUUUUUGCAGCAAAAAAGCGGCGAGGGCAUUUUUUCGGUGUCGGGUCCACCAAUUCGUCAAGCGGACAGCUUGUAA